AUGAGUGUUUGUCUCUCCUUUCGCAAAGGUUUUCCACCUCGACCUGUGGAAGUGGAUGGCUCAGCAUUGGUCAAGUUCGUCUUCGAGGCUAACGACACGGUGGUGGUGGACACUGGCACGGGUGCUGCUGCUCCAGUGCAAGCUGCUAGCGCGGCCUCUAGUACUGCGAAGAAGUCCGCAGGGAGACCGAAGCGAGCUGCUGCAAAGAAGCCAGCGGUUGAAGCCCCGAAAAGUAGUGUGCACACUCUGAACCCUCCCACCAGCUCUAAAAAGAGGGCCCAACCGAAGCGAAAAGUUACAGCCAGUGGGCAUCAGCUUGGGAGCUCACUGGAAAACGACCCGUCGGAAGCUGCAGGAGUUGAAGGUGAUGGUGAAGAUGAACCACAACGCAAAUAUCGCCGAAGUAAAGCGAUUAAUCUCAAUUCGAAGGAAGAUGUGGAGAUCAGUCUGGUGAACGCUGUGAGCGGCCAAUCCCACGGCCGUGCCGCCAAGUUUUUCCGUGCGGCAACGAAGAAUGCCGUGGAGCAUCAGUAUGAGACAACACUGGCCACUUCCAGACUGAAUGCAGCAUUGGCGCAUAAAUUUGAGAUCGAAGAGCUGUCGACUGCCCGGCGUGCUGAUGGAAGCGCCGCUAAACUUCGUGUGCGCUUCAAGGAAACACCGCGCAAGUGGAAGGAGGAGACAGUGGAUCUACUGAAGACGGACGAGCUGCAAGCCAUUUUGAAGUAUGUGCUGAUAUCGGGCGGCGAGACUGGACGUGAAAUGCUCAAGCCAUUCAACAUGGCGCAAGUGUCAACUAGAGUGUUUUGGAGUAUUGCGCACCUGUACGAUGGCGAUGUGGCUGCUGGACUAGCAGACCUUGUACCUGAUAAAGAUUGGUCGUUCUUGGACACUCGUACGCGAGUCAUGUCGGAGAAGGCUAUGGAGGCUAAGGCAAGAGGCAAACACUUUCAGCUGCGGGCAAAUGAAGAGCAGUAUAAGCGGUGGAAGCAGGAAAAGCAGGGGGAUACUCAAAGCAGUCGUGCGUCUUCUUCGAAAUCAGAGAGUAAGAAGGAAGCUAAGCCAGCAAGACGCCCUGCAGCUAAGGAGACGAAGCCUGAAGUAAUUGUAGUGGACUCAGAUUAUGAAGAAGAGACAAAGCAAGAGCCCGCGGAGCCAAAACCAAAGCCAGUAUCUCACACACCUGCUCUUUCAGCGAAAGAGGCGACUCCAAACAUGCUGCGUAGCGCAGCGGCACACGCUGCGUUGGCCCGAUUCGACCGAACUGCGCAUACAAGUGCUGUUGUAUCGGCUUUUCUUCCAGCUAACCGGCCCGCAAUAAAGAAAGUAACGACAGUCGACGACGAGGACACCGAGUCCGAUGAAGAGGUUGAGGAAGCCACUACUGUGUACUGCGAUGUCUGCAAGAAAGCGCGUAUUUUAUCAGCAGAGGAAGCAAGUAACGCUGAACUGGAAAAUGACCCGUGGACCUGUGCCAGCUUGGCAAAGGCUGGUCGCAGCGGUGGGUGCGACGCUGUCGAUGAUGAAGUGGCCCAGAUUACGGGUGCUCCCAUUGCUGAAUGGUUGAAAAAGGCUUCAAUUACUACUCGCCUAGAGCUGGCCGACGCUUCCAUUGGCGCAACACUGCAUUCUCUUGUGAAUCCAUUGGACCCAUCAGCACAGACGCUGCAGGAAAAACUUGAAAAGUUGAUCGAUGAGGCGCGUCUUGAUGAGGUGAACGACUGGAUGACAGAACUUGUUGGUGCGACCGAAGUUCUACAGCAACUGGAGGUACAGAAGCUUGGCACGCUGGCCGAUUUGAUCGCCACACCGACCGACUUGAUCGUCGAAGCUGUUGGCACUGCUGCUGAUGUGUCUCUCCAAGUGGUCAGCUCGUGGCAGACUCGUGCCAAAGCUCUGGUGGACGAGCACCCGUGGUUGGCAGAAUGGCGAACGCUUUAG